AAAGUGCCCAAUUUCAUGCAGGGGGUCUUGAUGAAGCGAGGACUUCCGCGUGGCCUGUCAACUUUUCGAACCUUGACCAUUUUUUUUUAUUUAGAACUAUUUUUAAUCUGUCAACAUCCUAGGUUCUCCAUAUUCACAAUAACAUCUUUUCGAUUUCGAUUUUCGAUUUUCGAUUUACAACUGAUUUAUCAUUAUUUGCCGUUAUCAUUUAGAACGGGCCCCUCCCUCUCUUCACUAUACCAUCUUGAGAACUACUGUCGUAUAGUCUCUCUUCCCAUGCUCUAAACCCUCAUACAGACCUCUCCAUGCUCGUACGCGACUCGUCCACUGAUUAUCGAGAGAUUAGGUUAGGUGGUUAAGUUUUGGCAAUUAAUCGUGUGUUGUAUUUCGACAAGUCGCAACUACAAAACCCUCGAGGCCACAGGUUUUGGACUCGGAACGCAGGUCAUGUACUUCGAGUCGAGGAUAAUCCGUUGACGAAACCAUGGCCGAGAAUCCGCGAUCGCCUACUGCAGCUGGCAGUAAAUCGAGGACGGUUCGAUCUCAGAAGAUUGUCCCUUCCGCCGACGGAGCAAGCGCGAGCGAACGUAGCGAAGCCUUAGAUCGAGUACCCCCUCCUACCCGCAGUCAUACCCCUGGUCAUCUUGCGACUAAGAGCCAAGGUGGCUCGAGCAGACGAAAAGCCUCAGAACAAUCUAUACGUGCGCGUUCUCAAUCUGUUUCCUCCAAGUCCGCAUAUGCCUCGCCUCCGCCGCAGUCGAAUCCGACUCCUAUUCCCACCCUUACCCUUCGGCGUCAUGGGGACUAUAAUACCCCGGUACCGACCGAUCCGCAGGCCGGAUCUUCCUCCAAUUUGGAAGCAGACGCACGCCGGCCAACAGCCAUGCGCUCGACAUCUGCUAUUGCAGGUCGGGCGACAACUAUGACCUCAGGAAGUUCAGGAGGGUCCCGUAAGGCGUCUGCUCCUCCACGACCGCGCGGUUCCCAUAUCCCGUUCCCACCUCUCCAAGACCCGAAGACAGCGCCCGAUGUACCCGCUGCACCCUCAUCAGGCAUGUACUGGUCGCGAGCGCCGGUUUCUGGUGCACCUCAUACGCCCCUCCGUGCGCAUACAACAACGUUGGUGGGUAGUAAUGUGUACGUAUUCGGGGGUUGCGACUCGCGCGCAUGCUUUAAUGAGCUGUAUGUUCUGGAUGCAGACUCAUUUCACUGGAGUAGCCCGCAUGUGACGGGCGACAUACCGUCUCCACUGCGUGCGAUGACAUGCACUGCGGUUGGCAAGAAGUUGGUGGUGUUUGGUGGUGGCGAUGGCCCCGCAUAUUACAACGAUGUAUAUGUGCUAGAUACGGUUAACUUCCGGUGGCAUCAACCGCGAAUCAUAGGUGAUCGGACACCGAGUGCUCGGAGGGCCCAUACAGCUUGCCUAUAUAAAAAUGGAAUCUACAUGUUCGGUGGUGGCGACGGCGUCCGCGCCCUGAACGAUAUUUGGCGGCUUGAUGUAACGGAUCCGCAGAAGAUGAGCUGGAAGUUAAUAUCGGGGCCUUCGACGACGUCAUCAAGUGGCACAAACGGUAGCACUCCAGCCACGGACCUUAGCAAGCCGAAGGCGCGGGGCUAUCAUACGGCGAACAUGGUUGGUAGCAAACUGAUCAUUUACGGAGGUUCGGAUGGCGGCGAGUGUUUUAACGAUGUGUGGGUGUACGACGUUGAUACGCAUAUGUGGAGGGCGGUGCAUAUCCCCGUAACGUUUCGAAGGUUAUCGCAUACUUCCACAAUUGUAGGCUCUUACCUAUUUGUUGUUGGAGGCCACGAUGGUAAUGAGUAUUCGAACGACGUACUGCUUCUCAACCUGGUGACUAUGACCUGGGACAAGAGAAAGGUAUACGGACUGCCCCCUAGCGGCCGUGGAUAUCAUGGGACCGUGCUUCACGAUAGCCGCCUCGUCGUUAUCGGUGGGUUCGAUGGUGGCGAGGUUUUCAGUGAUGUUUGGAUACUCGAACUUGCUGUCCACGCGUACUAUUCACAGAUCAGCCAUUUCACUAUCGAAGUCUAGUCACAAAUUUUUUAUCAGUACCUAUCUAUGAUGAGUUAAGACGCCAUCUAUCGAAGGAACCGUUUUUGACUUAGCUAUCGACCUAUCUAUUUAAUUACAGAUAUCUUUGUUAUAUAUCUACCUAUACUAGAACAAGGGAGGGAGUUUGUCGUCACGUUUUAGCGUUACGGGUUGGUUUUCCUGGAUAGCUGACUUAUGGGAGCGAUGCAAAAGGGGUAGGGGAAUGGAAAUGAGAUGGUCGAUAUCCAAUAGCUUGAAGGGUCAGGUCACAGGAUGGCAAAUACCAGAAUUCAGAAGUUAAUGUUGUCUACGUUUGUAAUAUUAAGCAUGAUG